AUGGCAAUGUAUAUAGGCAAAAAUUUCGAUAGCUUCAAUUUCAGGCACACAAGGACUAUAAGAAACGACGAACAGCACAGCAGUGGAGUAGGCUUAAUACUCAUCUGCUACUCGCCUACAGAAGACAAAGAAGAAGAAGAAGAAAAGGAUUCUUUCUAUGAAGAACUGCAGAGAGCUGUGGAGGAAACACCAGUUCAUGAUAUACUCAUCAUACUUGGUGAUCUGAAUGCGAAAAUUGGUACCAACAAUAAAGGAAAAGAAUCCAUUAUGGGAAAACAUGGAUGUGGGGUGAUUAACAACAAUGGUAGUAGACUAGUAGAUUUCUGCCUAGAAAAUAAGUUAGUUAUUGGAGGCACCAUCUUCCAGCACAAGAACAUCCAUAAACUAACAUGGACUUCACCAGAUGGUCACACACAGAACCAAAUUGAUCAUGUACUGAUUAACAAAAGGUGGAGAGGUACACUGCAGGAUGUGAGGGCAUUGAGAGGGGCUGUUGUAGGAAGUGACCACACCCUUGUCCUAGUAAAGCUGAAAUUGAAAUUAAGAAAGAUAAAGAAAGGGGAACAACGGUCACCUCAAGUGGAUGUGAGCAAACUCAAAGAUCCUGCACUCAUGAAAUCAUUUCAGCUGGAGGUUAAAAACCGAUUUACCAUCCUAAAAGGUGAACAAGAACUCAGUAUUGAACAAUUUAACACCACACUUGCAGGAAAGAAAACACUGGGGUUGAAAAGGAAGAAGAAGAAAGAAUGGAUAUCAUCUAAGACCUAA